AUGCUUGUUCUUGAAGAGGACGCCGAUCGCCUAUACCCACGAGCACGCGUCAACCAGAGCGGCGUUUCCGGAGAUGUCGAGGAAAUGCUGGCUGUUUUCGACGCUUGCAUUCUUGUUGGCAAGGUCGAACGGGCCGAACUGAUCCUCACACGCUUGGCGAAAGCUGUCGACGGUUUCCCAGCCGAAGAGUUGAUCCUCCUACACAAUCGGUACUUGCGUGCGUCACUCGACCAAGUGCGCAUGCAUCCAAACAUCGCACAGGCUGAAGGCCUCAGCAGGUGGUAUGAGCUGCACAUCCGCGGCAAGGGCCUGCCUCAGACCGCGGAGACUAUCGCCUGUAUGCUGAAGGUCACAUUGCUCACCGAACGCCACCCCGACAGACGAAGACGUCUCAUCACUCGCUACAUGGGAAUGGCUCCCGGAGAGGCUGGUCUCCACGUCUUGUCAAUGUCUGAAAUUCUCAAUGAUCAAGAUCUCGCCGCCAUCACCCAAGUGUGUCCCACAUACAAUUUGGCCCCGGCGGAAGAAGUCGAGGCUGCUCCCGAACAGGCUGCGGAGAACAAACCCGAGGUAUCCGCAUCCAUGGCCGACGUUCUGCCAACGCCUCAGAAGGGCUUCGGACUGAAGUCCCUCAAGCGUACUCUCAGCAUGUUUGAACAAUUCGAGAACUGCGACACUUCCACACUACCACUCCGCGAACGACGGGAAAUUCAAGCCCAGCUUGAACGCGACUGCAUAGAUGCCGCAAUGCACCGAUGGAGAGAGGAGAACGAAUCUUUGCGAAAGAUGGGCCUGAACACUUCCAUCUCCCACGCAUCCUUGAGUUCCCGACUCUACGACUGGCAAACCGCAUUGGAAGCUCGCCUAAAGGACGAGAUGGGCAAAAUCGAGGUUUCCGAAGCCACCCCAAGGAAAAAUCAGGCAGACUACGACCGAUGCGCAUACGGACCUUUUAUGCGGUUAUCUUCUCCCAGUCGUCUCGCUGCCGUCACCAUCCUCAGCAUUCUAAGCUCAACGGCCAUAUCAGGUUCCGAUAAGGGUAUCCCGAUAGCUUCAGCAAUCACCAGCUUGGCGAAGUUCAUCGAGGAAGACAUUAAAAUGCAACAUGCGAAUCAAAACGCCAAGCCGAAGCCGAAGAAGUAUCAAGUUGUGAUUGACCAGUCCGCCCCACAAACGCCAGCACCUAAAAUCAAACACGGCCCCCUUCUUCCAGACACUCCGGCCUCGCGUUCGCAACUGGCAGAAUCUCCGUGGCCCAUAUCGGUGAAAGCCAAGUUGGGUUCCGUGCUUCUCGGGGCCUUCAUGGACACUGCCAAAAUCAAGGUGGUGAAGGAGAAUCCCGUCACAAAGACGUUGGUUAGCCAGUAUCAACCUGCCUUUUCCCACGCUAUACAGCUGAAGAGGGGUAGAAAGUUGGGCAUGCUCCUUCUCAACAAGGAGUUGGUCAAUGUUCUGAACCGGGAACCAGCCGGCGACUUUCUCGCAAAACAUUUGCCCAUGAUCGUCGAGCCAGAGCCCUGGCAAGACUUCACGAAGGGUGCGUACCUCGAAAGUCGGACGGGCGUGGUUCGCAUCAAGCACGGCGACAAGGAGCAACGGCUCUACACCGAAGCUGCCAUUGCUCGCGGAGAUAUGGAGCAGGUCUUCAAGGGAUUGGACGUUCUGGGUCAGACCGCCUGGAGAGUCAACACGCCUGUUCUCAACGUUAUGAUUGAGGCCUGGAACACGGGCAAGCCUAUUGCCAACCUCCCGGCAUUGCGCCCCGAUAUCGAGGUUCCACCUGAACCUGACGUCGAUGCCGACCCCACCGACCGGAGAGAGUGGAUACACAAAGUAAAGAAAGCCGAAAACGAAAGGCAAGGUGCGCACUCACAGCGCUGUUUCAUGAACUUUCAACUCGAGGUUGCCCGAGCCUUCAGAAACCAGACUUUCUACUUCCCACACAACGUUGACUUUCGCGGUCGCGCUUAUCCUCUGCCUACAUAUCUCAACCACAUGGGCGCUGACCACGUCCGUGGCCUUCUCCGCUUCGCCAGAGGCAAGGAACUGGGCGAGCAGGGUCUCCAGUGGCUCAAGAUUCAUUUGGCCAACGUGUACGGCUUCGACAAGGCCAGUCUCAAGGACAGAGCGGCUUUCGCGAUGGACAACCUCACGGACGUAUUCGACUCCGCAAACAACCCUCUCAAUGGCAAGCAGUGGUGGUUGAAGGCUGAAGACCCGUGGCAGUGUCUCGCGACAUGUUAUGAGCUCAAGGCAGCACUGGAGUCUCCUGAUCCAACCAAAUACGUUUCACAUCUGCCUGUGCACCAGGACGGAACUUGCAACGGCCUUCAGCAUUACGCCGCUCUUGGUGGUGACACCUGGGGUGCCCAGCAGGUCAAUUUGGCACCCAGCGAUAAGCCGGCAGAUGUUUACACCGCUGUCGCCGAUAUCGUCAAGCAGAGCAUCAGCGACGAUGCUGCUGCCGGCAACCCCCAGGCACAGGCAUUGGACGGUAAGAUUACGAGGAAGGUUGUCAAACAGACAGUUAUGACCAACGUCUACGGUGUCACCUUUACUGGUGCCAAGAAGCAGAUUUGCAAACAGCUUGAUGCGCUUUACCCGAAUCUGCACACAGAAUCUGGGUUUACGAACAUGGCCAACGCCGGUUACAUUGCGUCGCUCGUUUUCAAGGGUCUCUCGUCCAUGUUCCAGGGUGCUCACGAUAUUCAGUACUUCCUGGGCGAGAUUGGAGGCCGUGUCUGCAAGGCUCUCUCUGCUGAACAGUUGGAGCGCAUCGCAAACGACGGCCUUCUGAUAGAAACAGACCCCGCCACCGGUAAAAAGAGAGAACGGAAGGUGACUCAAAAAGACAUCCUCUCCAUGUUCCGCGCCACCAUUGUCUGGACCACCCCGCUGCGCAUGCCCAUCGCCCAGCCCUACCGCAAGAAUGGUACCCGUAUCAUCAAGACUUCCCUCCAGGACUUGUCUUUCACCGUCCCCGACCGAUCAGACCCUGUCAACGCCAAAAAGCAGCUUCAGGCAUUUCCUCCCAACUUCAUUCACUCUCUCGACGCAACCCACAUGCUUCUGUCCGCUUUGGAAUGCAAGUCACAGGGUCUCGAUUUUGCAGCCGUGCACGAUUCGUUCUGGACACAUGCGGCCGACGUCGACUCCAUGAACAUUGUGCUACGCGACGCCUUCAUCAGAGUACACGAAGAAGAUGUCGUCGCCCGCCUUCUCACAGAGUUCGAGGCGCGCUACCGGGGCUCCCUCUACCUGGCCACCGUUGAUUCAACAACUUUUACCAAGAAGGUCCAAAAGUGGCGCCAGGAAACGACCAAGAACUUCAAAACCGAACUCAUGAUGGAGUACGAGAGGCAAAAGUUGCUUUGCUCCUCAGACCCCGAGGACGUCGCCCGGGGCAAGGAAAUGACCACGCCUUACUCUAUGUACGAGGAGAUGAAUAUGUCUCACGACGUGGUCGUCACGCAGACGAAGGACUUGGAAGGAUUCGGCCUGGGGGAGAUUUCCGAAAAGGAGCAUAGCGUCGACGAAGAUGGGGCGGAAGAUGCCGUUGUGGAAAGUAGCGCCGCCGAUGAAAACGCUCAUUCCAGCGACGAAGCCGCUCCUUCUGGCGAUGAAGACGUUCAUGCAAGCGACGACUCCAACCACAAGAAGACGUCCGCGGACCGAGCCAAGAUCGGUGCCGCAUACUUCCAAAGUAUGAAGGAUAACGGAGAUGUAUCCAACUUCGAAUGCAGGAUUGUGGCAGCCCCCAAGAGGAGGAAUCUGAAGCCAGGAACCCAGUGCAACAUCUGGAUGCCACUCACAUUCCCCGCGCUCCCCAAGAAGGGCGACUUCAACGUCCAGCAGCUCAAGGAGAGCAAGUACUUCUUCUCAUGA